AUGGCCGCAUUAGACUAUUUUGGCAUCACGACGGGGCAGCAGCUGAGCGACCACCCCUGCUCGUUCGCCUUCAACAGCAGCGCGUCCCGCUCGGGCUCCUUCGCCAGCCCCAACUUCCCCGGGCUGUACCCGCGCGACACCGAGUGCCACUUCCUGUUCUUCGGGAUGGCCCGCGAGCGGGUGCACCUGCGCUUCGCCCACUUCGACGUGGAGGGCAUCAGGCCUUGCAGCGAUAUCUCCGCUAGUGACUUCGUGGAAUUCUCAAACUUUUAUGGACCCGACCGGAAGUACGAGCGGAAAUGUGGAGAGCUGAAAGGCUUUGAGGUGGACAGUGACAGGAAAUUCUUUCGGGUCACUUUCCGGUCCAACGACCGUCUCGAUGGCACGGGCUUUAACGCUACGUACCAGUUCUUAGACGAGGAAGAUUCGUUUACUGUGCAAAAGGUGUCACGUGAUGCAAGAGGAGUUGGAGUUAUUUGGUGGAUUUUUGUCUGGGUCGUCUCGGAUACGGAGUUGGUAUCUUCUACUGACGCCCUUGUUGUGGAUGGUGGAAAUGUAGUCUCUAUGAUGACUACCAUGUAUCUUCGCCGGAUAAUCUCCAUGACGUAUCACAUGUAUUGCGAUUUAUUGAAAGUGUGAUAAGCAGUGAAAACGUGUGAUAUGAUUUUUGGUGUUGUGAAAUAUAUUUUUAACACUUGAGUUCCAGAUGUCAUUGUUCCUGAAAGAAAGACUCCCGUGUUGUGAAGGGUAGUAGCUACUUUUGACUAUAGAGAUCGCAAUAAAGAAACAAAAAUUGAAAUGAUAGUAAUAGGCUUCCUGGGGUUAUCUUUGUAAUGGAGAUCGGAAUAAUCCUAAACGUUUGUACGUUGUUAGCAUCGUUAUUCGCGAAGAAUAGAACUUCAACUUACUUAGCAAUUACUUUAAUUUUGUUGAAUGUUUAGCAAAACCGGGUCAUUAUUAACUAUUGAAAUUAUGAAGUUAUGAUUAAUGCGUUUACAAUCAAAAUAUAUUUUUUGCAUCAAUUGUUUAACAUAAAGGAUGAAUGCUCUUUAUAUGAACAUUAAAAGUAUAUACGCAGUGAACGUGUGUAUCAAUUUCUUGGGAUUUGCCACCACUUUAUAAAGACUGGUGUACAGUCUCGUCCAACUCCAGGACCAAAUGCGCAAAAAUAAGUUAAUGACGUUCAAUAUGUCAUGCAUUAUUUCGAUUUUUGUAAUUUUUAUUUUGUGGUCGUAGAUAGUUAUAAGUAAGAUGUCGCGUAUUGAUCAAUUAGCAUGUCCUCUGGAUUUACUGGCGAAGUAAUUCUUCAGAAUGGUAGUUACACAUUUUGAUUAGUGGUGGUUAUUAGUUCCAAAAUUAAUGAAGGUAAUCGAAUGAUGGUGUACGCUAUGUGUCUUUCGUUUCUGUGUACACACGAAAUUUAAGAAGCUUUUUAUAUUAAUUUUGUCAGAUAAUAACAUUGAGCUUUUAUACAGAAAAUUUUUAAAAUGAAUAUUUUGUUUUAUUCUCUUCGUUUGGGAAUUUUUAUCUCCAGCGAAAUCUGAUCCAUUGCAACCUUAACUGCCACACAUUUUACAUAAGGACUGCACAUUUCGGUGCACUAUCCCGCCGUUGGCUAUCUCCGCGCGCUUCGAGGAGUCUGGAUGGAAAAGCGGAGUACUUUGGGGAAUUGUAAUUGUUUUAUACGGCGUUUUAGAAAUGUUUGCGGUAUUAUGUUGAAAUUCGUAAUUUCGAAAAAUUAGCUAGUCAAUGUCUUAUUUUACGUGGCCAGACUCGGCCAUCUGGCCCGCCCUUCCAUCUAUUGCUACGCUCCUUUUACCAUCUAGCGGAGAAAAAAAAUAUAUCGGGCGACAGAAUAGGCGAUUUAACUUUUAGCUCAGAUACUUCUUUUAGGCUUUAGGAUCUUUUACAUGCAGUAAAUUACUACAUGGGAUAACCGGCUUUACUUCCCCUCCAAAGAAAGGCAUAUAAAGGAUUUUUUCGUUAUGAAAUGAAGGAUAUAACAUCCCUACACGCUGACCGUUAUACGAUCGAAUCCGAAAAGAAAAAAAAAGAGUAAAGCCAAAAGGGAGUAAACAUCAUAAUUCGACGAAAUGAGUAGUUAGAUUAAUAAUUGCUGUGUUAAAUGUAAUUCUCUACAUGUGGACUGUCUCUCCUUUCGUGGACCUUUUUCUGCACUGUAUUCAAAUGAAAAGGAUUAUCUUUAAUUUUUUGCGGAAUACUAAAAAAAUAAUGUAUUAGGUGUUUAUAAUAUAAUUUUCCGCAAUUAUACUGUGAUAAAAAGGGGGAUUUGGAAAUGAAGGGAAAAUUUUCGAAACGUGUUGGGAACAGCUUGAUGAUACCUCGGUCUUCGGAACGUGACUUUUCCCUGCUGUUGUUUGCGUUCGAGGUAUCUUUUUUUGACAUAAUUUCGUUUGUAUUUUGCUUUGGUGUCACUGCAUAUUCUCCCCCUGGGAAUAUUUCAAAGUUUCAUUGGUACACAAACGCUCGAAUGAAAGAGAAAGAAAUAUAAAUCGUUACAUCAAUGUCGAUGUAACCUCUUUUGCGUGCACGAGAACAUACCAAAAAUGAAUGAAUGAAAAAUGAAUUUGGGAUUUUAAUUUACAUUCGCCACAGUUUCUUAAAGAUAUGUAAUAAAAACAGAUUUUAUGCACACUUUUUUCAUGGGAUAUCUCUGCUUGUGAGAUGUGCCUGUGAAACCUGUCAGAUAUACGUCAGUCAAAGGCAAACUCUGUGCUUUUGCAACCGCAGCGGGUUUCUUUUCCUAUGUCUAGCACGGUAGAGUCGGAUUACGCAGGAAGAUGUAGGGCCCGCGACAAUGCUGUAAUCAGUAAUCACCAAAAAUGACAGCCAUAUUGGACACAAGGUUUCGUAAAGCGGCACUAAAAGCAACCGACCGCUUGAGGAAAGAUUGGCACUCCUGGCUCGUAAUUUUCUUUCAACUGCUCCAUAGCAAGAAUUCAAACAUCACUUCUCGGUCGCAAACAAUUACUCCUCGUUUUCCGCCGUUAUUAACAUGGGUGCGAAACGUUUCUUCGUUUCAAUAAGGAAACAGUUAAAUAAAAGAACAAAUUAUUAAAUGACAUGAGUCAUUGAAAUUAUUGAAAAAUCAACUGCAAAAGAAUCAACUGCAAAAGCACGAUCUUAAAAAUAUAAUUUUCACAUGAAGAGGAAAAAGGCAACAGACCUAUCCUCCUUCACGUUUAAAUAACAUUGCACUGAAUCAAAACAAUUUAACAGGUAGUACGUACAAAACACAACAAAACAAAAAACUUCGUGAACAGUCGCGAGAGAGACGCCGAAGUUGUGCAGUCGUGACUUACAUGCACGAACACAAAUAUUCGUGUUUUGACUGAGUCGCAAUGUACUAAACUUUUGGGAAAUUGCAUGUCAUACGGAUAUUGGAAUGUAACACCUUUUGAAUGAAUACUUCAGACGUAGUAUAAUGUGUUAAGAAUAUUAAAUUGAUCCAAAUUAAUGGGAAAAAUAUUUUGUUAUUUUCCCUGAAACCCUUCAUAUGUUAACUGUCCAUUAUGAAUUUAUGUAAAUUACAUGUAAAUAUUUUUAAUAUGUAAUAAAUUUUUAUAUGAAAUGUUGUUCUAUGAUUAAUC